CGUUCACCAUUUGUAGCGGACACUUUUUAUACUGUUCCCAGUCUUGAGGGAUCACCUUGGGAAAGGGAUACGAUGGGUGUCCUUAGUUGCUUAAGACCCUCUAUUGUGAGAGGGACAAAACAAAUAAUUUCAUUCUCGGCACAACAAAAUUCUCUUGCAGCUAAGACUUUACAGACUGGUGUUGUCAGACAUAUGGGAGGAAAUGCUGGACCACCUACAAUGAUAAAAACAGCUUCUAGAAGUGUCUACAAUACUCUCAAAGAUGAAUUUCAUUUCUUUUUCUGGGUAGGAGCUAUACCAUGUAUAUUGAUAGUAGCAGCCUUCAACAUCUUUGGUGGUCAGGGAGAAUUAACAGAUAUACCUGAAGGUUACCAGCCUCAUCAUUGGGAAUAUGAAAAGCAUCCCAUAAGACGUUUCAUAGCUAAACAUUUUACAGUACCUCUUGAAAAAGUAUAUGAAAAAAAUCUCCACUACCAAUGGAUGGAUAAUGCAAAAAACGAACAGAGAAUUAUAGCGCGGAAGGUGAGGAGGAUGAUGAGAGAUAACCAGGAUUAUAAAGCUUGGUUUUAUAUACCAGUUGAUGUCAGUGGAAAGGAAGAAGCCGCAGGACAUAGAAGGAAAUAUGAUGAAAGGAAAAGUUACACAGAAUAAUCAUGUGACCAUAGGGACUUUGUUAGUGUUAGAAAUGUUCAAUUAAAUAAUGUUUCAUGGAAAUGUACAAAUUCUGUGAAUUAUAUUGUUUGGUUCAUAUUUAUCAUUGAAAGGAUUUUAUAAAGGAUUUUAUGAUUAAAGAAAAGUUUAAAUAUUGUAAA